AUGGCUGGGCCCACCCAGCUGAGCGAGGGGCUUGAUGCAGAGAAACAUCAGGGCAAGUUUGCUGAGUGGAUGCCUCCUGGUCUCCGGCUUCCCGACGUGGCACGUCCAGACCCGACUGAGCCAGUUCCCAGUCCGCCCCUCCGGGCGGCCGUCAACGUGAGCACCCUGGCGCGGGGCACGGGGAUGCGGGGUCCUGGGCGGGGGGCCCCUGCGAGCCGCCGGCUGUUGGCAUUGCUGCUGCUGCUGCUGCUGCCGCCGCUGCCCGCCGGCGCCUGGUACAAGCACGUGGCGAGUCCCCGCUACCACACGGUGGGCCGCGCAGCGGGCCUGCUAAUGGGGCUGCGCCGCUCACCCUACCUGUGGCGCCGAGCGCUGAGCCCCGCCGCCGGGCCCCUUGCCUGGGACAGCUUCGGCCUGGGCGUGCUCCCCCAGGGGCCACCUGCCAGAAGCGCCCUCCCCCCCGGGCCCGUCGCCCGCGAUGCUCUGCUGCUUCCCUCCGAAGUUCAGAAACUGUGGGAGAUGCGACGCAGAAGCUCCCACGCUGGGCUCCCGGUCGGUGCGCCUCGCAGCCCGCGCGCCCCGGAGUCCGCGCCCCAACCGGAGCUGCGGCUGGGCGCCUACUCCUGGACCUCGGCGGAGCAGGCCAGGACACCCUACGACAUUUUCAUCCCCGACUCCCAGCAGAGGAAGGCUUUCCUGGAGCAGUCUCUACUCUUCCAGCCUGGGGAGUGGGGAGAGCGAGCCUUCGGAGAGUCUCCUGCUCAGCCGUGGUCUGCGCGGGGAACCGCCUUCGCCAGCCCCCGCCUGGCCCCAGAGCCGUCCUGA